AUGACGCUCCCGAGCUUCGGGAAAGAUCGCAGCCUGCGAGAACACAUCCAGGGCCUCGAGAGAAUAGCUGAAGAAUAUCAAAGGGUCACUGGACAAUAUCCUGGGGAAGAGGUUAUGCUAGGCACACUAGUUCGGUCCCUUCCCUCUGCGAUAAAACAACACGUUCAACUUCAGAUGACAGACUCCAGUAGUUACCAAAGCAUCAGGGACUACGUUCUGGGGCCUCUGGGGUAUGAAGUUACGACAACGUCUUGGACUCCAGCCAAAAUGCACCAAGCUCUUGGUGUAGUGCCUUUACCCAGUGCUGUCGAGCAAGGCCCAGUCCCGAUGGAGGUUGAUGCACUUCAAAGAAAAGGGCCAAAAGGCAAGGGCAAGAAGGGCAAAGAGCAGAAAGGCAAAGGUGGACAGCAACCGCAGAAUCCGUAUGGUGACAAGGGCAAGGCCAAAGAAGGCAAGCAAAAGGGCAAGAAGGGCAAGGAGCACAAAGGCAAAGGUGGACAGCAGCCGCAGAAUCCUGGUGCCAAGGGCUCUAGGGCAAAUGUAGUGUGCCACAAUUGCCAGCGCAAGGGUCAUUAUGCUAGUGAGUGCUGGCGUCCGCGUGUGCAGCAAGUCCAGGCACAGGGUUCGGACACAGCGUCCACUGUUGCGCCUAGCACUGUUGGUCCUUCAGCAUCGCAAGUCGCGGGCAGCGCUGCUACCACCACGAAGCGCGUUGCUAGAGUUGAGAUAGACAUGACUUCCAGUGCGUUUCAGGACGAUGCCGAGAUCAGCGGUCACUUGUGUGUUUUGACAAAAGUGUGUCCUGAGGACCCAGCUGCAGCUACUGCCCAGCCGAGUUUUGCUUCACUGUGCAAGUCUUUGGCGUCUGCAUGCGUUGACCCUGUGAAGCCACAUGUACUUGUGCCAUCGGACGGUGAUUGUGUCUGGACAGUGCCAGAUGAGAUGCAUGGAGCCACAUGUGUUGGUUGGUUGAGCAGUGCACGUGAUUCUGAGUAUGUGAAGUGCAAGGCGCCAGCCCGCAACCGUGCAAGGCCAGGUAGGCGAUCACGGCCGCCACUGCAGUGCGAGCCGAUGUUGCACACGUGCGAAGCCGCCGCUGAGCAGCUUGAGACCCCACCUGUGCAUCCACUUCAGGACCUCAGUGUGUGUGCAGUGUCAUGGGCAGACAUGAGCAACGAGAUUGAGGUUGUGGUCGACUCUGGGUCGGAUGCCUCAUGCUUGCCGCUGUCCUGGGCACACGUCGGAAGGGCUGAUGGAGCGAGCCUUGAUAGUUUCAGGGAUGCCCAGGGUCGCAUGAUCAGGGGUUCGCAAAUGCGUACGGCAGUGCUUCAGAUUGAUGGUGUUCAAUUCAAGGAGCGAUGGCUGUUGAGCAGUGUGACACAGCCGCUUUUCAGUGUCGGCAAGUUGCUCAGGCGGGGAUGGGACAUCAUCCACAGUGACGGUGUUCCUUACUUGACAAAUCCUGGGGGCACAGUGCGCGUGCCUAUGCACUACCGGCACAAUUCCUUGCAUGCGCGAGGCUCCAUCAUGAGCGUGGUAGUGUGUGCCAACGACUGUUUGAGCGAUGACAGAGAGGACGAUGCGGCCCGACACCACGAGCCCCAGGAAGCCGAGCUUGAUGAUGAGCAGGUGCGCGGCAACGACCAGCAGGUCGAGGUGCCCCGGAGUGCUGAAGCAGACAGCCCUGUUGCGGCUGCGGUGCGUGCGCUUAAGCUUGGCAGUGCAUGGCUGAACCUGGGUAGCCAAUACACCGAGAUGCAGCCUGGAAUCUUUGCUAGGCAAGAUCAGUCGGAUCGGUUUCUUGAUGUGUCAGUGCCGUUGAGCCACCAUGGAGUGGGCUUCCGCACGACCCUUCAGUAUGAUGGUGCCGAAUGGAAACUGAUUGAAAUCAACUGCUUGAUCAGCCUCUUUGAUGAUCUUGAGAAGGAGUUUGAGCCUAAAGGAUCCCGCCACAUCAUCACCAUUGGCUCUGUUGACCCCUUGCAAGUAGAAAAGCUGUUUGAUCAUCAGCCUGUAGCGUGGAACGAUGAAAGUUAUGACGGCGAGUAUGCUGAUGCACCGCCUGAUGAAAACAUGCUUGAAGAGGAUGAAAAGGCUGAAGAUGUUGAUGAAGGUGCCGGUGUAGGACCCGUGUCUCUCGCCGAAGUUCCUUCGCAGGGUCAUGUUGUGGUCAAUGGGGUUGAACUGCAUCCCGGGUGUACCCUUAAGACCCUAAGGUCGGCCUGUGAGGUUCUUGGAAUAGGCAAGUCCGGAGGAAAGCAGACGGUCUUUGCGAGGAUCGAGCAACACUUGAAAACCCAGGAGUUGCUGCAACAACAUGCUUUCCAGACUGAUGGUGUGCCAUUGCCGCUUGAACAAAAGUUUGUCGAAGAGCCAACUGCAGAGCAGAAGCGACGGCACGAGCUCAGUCAUGUGCCGUAUGCCGAUUGGUGCCCACACUGUGUAAAGUUCCGCGCCAAAGCCGACAAACAUGUGUCGAGCAAACUUGAGCUGCGGGACGAUUCGGUGUGCAGCUUCGAUUUUGCUUAUACAGGACGGAGCAGCCCAGCUGAGUUUGAAGGUGCGUCAAAGGACAAGCUUGUUUGCCUUGUGAUCAAGGACUCCCACACUGGAGCGAUGCAUGCUGUGCCAACGCCAGCCAAGGGCGGACCGGUUGCUUUCAAGUAUCUUGUUGCCGAAGUUUGUCGGUUCUUGAAUUACUGUGGGCAUGAGUCCGUCACGAUCAGGUCUGACGGUGAGCCAGCUUGCUUAGCACUUCAGCAGGGCAUCAAAGCUUUUAGGACCAAGAUGGGGUUACGCACCCACUUGGAACAGACCGAGCCAGGUGACCACCAGUCAAAUCCGUCGGAACAGGCCAUUGAUAGCAUCCGGCAGCUUGCAGGAUGCAUUCUUGACCAGUUUGAGGAGCGUGCCCAGACAACUGUAGGUGCAAUGCACCCACUGCACGGCUAUGCUUGGAGACCCGCGGCAUGGCUUCACAUGCGAAUGUCGCGGCACAACGACCUCAGUGCGUUUCAGGUGAUCAAUGGCCGGCCGUAUGCAGGGAAACUCGUUUGUUUUGGAGAAAAUGUUUACGCCAGAGUCAAGAGCAGUGUAAAAGGAAAAGCACGCUGGUGCAAAAUGCUUUGGCUUGGAAAACUUCCUGUAUCGGACCUGCACUUUGGAGUCACCGAGGGAGGAUUCAUGCUGUCCUCAAGGUCCGUUAGACGGUUGCCAAAGCAAUAUGAUUCAUCCUUGUGUGCCAAGCUGCGCGACAUGCCUUGGAGCCAAGCGUCUUUUCUUGCAGGCCAAGUUGGUCAAGCACGCAAGCAGAAAACGCUUCAGGGUGAUGAGGAUGCCGGUACUGAGCCUCAGGUUGAGCAGCAAGCCGAAGUGCCUUCACAAGCAGGUGCGGCGGAGAAUCCUUUGCCGUUUCCGGGUCAUCUGUUGCCCGACGAUGCAAUGCUGCAAGAGUUUGUGCCACCGCUGCCCCGAGAGCCAGUGUUGCAUUCACCUGAGCCGCCCACGCCUGUAGCGGCCACUCCAGGGCAGCAAGCAGAAACGCCGAUGCAAGUUGAAACGGCCUCGCCACUUGUGUCGUUCGAUGAUGGGCCUGGGAUUGCUUCUUCGUCCUCUGGGAUAGCACGUCCUGCGACUGAGGAAGCAGGCGGGGAAGCUCCAGCCCGAAAGAAACUUCGUCUUGAUGCUGUUCAGACAAGUGCAUAUGACUGUGAGAUGUUCCAUCAUGAUGAGGCUCCAGAGCUUCUUGAUGAAAGUGCAGAGCAGUUUCUUGACUGUCAGGAUGAGUCCAUUUGGGACACCGAGGAUUGGGCUGAUGACUCAGCCAAUGCACCUGACAUCCCGAGUAUUUUGAUUAAGCCUUUCAGUGAAACUGAGCCAGUGUGCGAUGCAUCCGAGCUCGAAGCCAUUGAUGCUGCAGCAGAUUCCUUUGAGCUUGAGCAGUUGACAAAAGCCGGUGUUCUUGAACAAAGUGAGUCCUGGCUUGAAGGGCAUCGGACAUUGUCUUCAAAGUACGUUCGCACCUGGAGGCCUAAAGUGAUCAAUCAGGAGCGCGUUUGGUUGCGCAGAGCCAGGUUGGUUGCGCGCGAAUUUGCGCAUCUAGAUCCGGGCAGGCAACACUUGUUUGCACCGACGACGACCCAGUGCAUGCUGAGAAUUGUUCCAUCGCUUUUCAUUCGCAACUUUUGGGACGGUUGGUCUCUACUGAGUCUUGAUGUGUCUGACGCUUUCUUGCAGUGCAAGCAACAGCAUGAUACCUUGACAAAAGUUGAUGGAAAAUGGUAUAAACUUUUCCGAAUGCUGCCUGGGCAACGGGACGGAUCUGCUACCUGGUUUCAAGAUUUUAUGUGUGAAAUCCGCGCAGCUGUUGCUGCUGAGCCAUUGGCAGAGCAGCCAGUGUUGUUUCGCAUCCCACAUGCGGAAGGCAACCACAAGUGCCAAGGAGGUGGAAUGGUGCAUGUAGACGACAUGCUUUCGGCAGGAUUGACCGCACGCCUUCAGGAGCUUGAGAAUCACUUGAAGUCAAAGUUCAAAGUGUCCAGUGAAUGGAUCCGCCAAGUCGGCGACGAGGUUUCCUUCUUGAAGCGGCGACUGAUCCUAGUCAGCCCCAAUUUGCUGGUUGUUGAGCCUGAUAUCAAAUAUCUUGAGAAACUCUUGAAGAUCACUGGACUAGAUGGUGCCAAGGAGCGGUACAAGGCGGCCCCGUUCCCGACUGGAGGCCUGCCGACAGACCUUUCAUCGGACCGCGAGCUGAACUCAGAGUCAGCAUCAAAGUAUCGCUCAGCACUUGGUAUCUUAAUGUACCUUGCUUCUGACCUGUUGGCGUGUCAAUUUGGGAUUCGGUUCUUGUCCACACAUGCUCACAAGCCUACCGAAGGCUGCUGGAAGUUACUGAGGCAUCUGACUGCCUAUGUGAAUUGCCAUAAGUCACAUGUGCUUUGUUUGGCAAAACCCCAGCUUGGGCAAGGACUGAUCUGCAAUCGCGUGUCUGAGCAGAAAACUUCUACCCUCGAAAUGUUCUCAGACAGUGACUGGUCCGGGGAUAAGAAGACGCGCAAGUCCGCUGAGUACAACUCCCUGGUUGCUGGUGCGGCAACUGCCAUCCUCCUUAAGAAUUGCGUCAUACACUUGUCGCUUGGGAAUCGCCAAGGAGUCGGACGGACUCGCCACAUCGACGGAAAGCUGUUGUGGCUUCAGCAGAUGACUCAGGAAAAGAUGCUGGACAUUUCACCGGUUGGAACCGCAGAGAAUGUUGGUGACCUUCCCACGAAGCCGCUAAAGCCAGAGAGAGUUGAGUUCAUCCUUGCACGGUUGAAUGUUCGUGACAAGGAUUGCGGCUAUGCCUUGGUUGGGAACGCCCAUUUGCUUGAUCACAGGACGCGACAUCAUGUGAGUCGCAUUGUGAAGCGAGGAGCAGUCAACCCACAGCUUGUGCUUCAGAUCCUUGCAUUGGCUUUGCAAGCAGAUUCUGUCGCCAGUGCCGAUGAUGAGCCCAAUACGCAUCGCGAUGACGCCUUGAGCCAGGGGACUGGCGAGCACGGUUACGGGGAUGGCGCUUGGAAAUCGGCCACCACGGCGGCAUAUCCUUCGGAUUUCGCUGCUUUCUUCGCACGUCUUUCCUUGAGUGCUGUUUCUGAAUUGAGGGCCGUGGCCGAUUCCGAUUUGAUCCCGAUCAACAUUCCUUCUUCGGCGGAGGCCUUUGCCACGGAGUGUAUUGCGCGCGGUGCUUUUGAUCGCGCCUCUGUUCAGAUUCUUUUCGACUUACUUCCCAAGACUCGGCCCCACAAAGUCACAGGCAGCGCCGAACCUGGCACCGCUUUCUUUGGAGGUACUAUGCAUCAGGAGGGUGUCACUGCACCGCGAUCCACUUGUUACACAUUCCCCGAAGCCAUGCGUGUGAUCAAUGCUUUCCUUCGUUCGGUGGACCCGUGCCAUCAUUAUGCCGCCUUUGUUCUCACAAAGAACGUCAGCAGUGAGGUCCAUCGUGAUCCGCGGAACGCGGCAGUGCCCAACAUGAUUGUGGCGAUUUCUUCAUUUUCGAAUGGUGGUAUUUGGAUUCAGGAUCCUUCCGGUACCACAGUGCGCUCCUUUCAUGGCUCGCCCGUCACGGGCACUGUGCACUCUUUACAGGACGGUCCGGUCUACUUGGAUGCCCGCGGGUGCUUGCAUGCAACCCAGCCUUGGACUGGAGAUCGGCUCAUCGCCAUUGCAUAUACCCCUCAGCACUUGCAGCUACUUUCUGCCGAGGACUCUGCUUUUCUGGCUUCACUGGGCUUUCCUGUCUUGGAUUCCUCUCCUGCGGGGGGGGGAGGCUCAAGCGGAAUCCUUCGAUGCCCCAGGCAAAUCCACCUUGGCCGCGCGCGGCAGUGGCGGGGAUGGACAAGUCAGGGGCCGGAGGUGGGGGUCGACCAUGCAGCCAGGGAAGCGUUUGACCCCAAGACCAGUCGCGCUUUCGGGCAACCCAUGCAGGAGUUUGUGGACGGCUUUGGGCUGUGCUCGCCUGGCCGUUGGGCUCCUGAGGCGAGGGAAAAGCUGGCAUCGAGUGAUGAAGUCGCACAUGCUGAGAAAAUUCGUGGACUGCUAAGACUGCUAAGAGAUUUUGUGAUUGAUCAGCUGAAGGAUCCCAAGGACAUGGCUUUUCGGCUUGCGACGGGCCAUGUGAAGAAGUCUCCAUUCGCGCAGUCGGCAUUGCAGAAGCUGAGGCAGAGAAUCGUCGACAUCAUCCCGGGGGCGACUUCGGACCUGCUGCGUGUGCCAGAGCGACAGCCUUUCCACCUGUACUUCCUGGCUGAGACUAUGAUUUGCGGGGGGACAGACAAUUCUUCGACUGGCAAGCUGCAGAAGAAGGGCUCGAGCACUAAGUGGCCGCUGAUGGGCAUUCAGAUGGCAUGUGCAGCGGCUCUACACAAGGUGAACAAGCAGCUCACACUGCAGUGGAGGCCGAGGGAUGAGAACACCUUGUCUGACGCUAUCACCAAUCACGAUUUCUCGAGUUUCUGUCCGGAGCUGAGGGUUCCCUUGAAGCUUGACGAUCUGCCGCUUGACAUUUUCCUUCGGAUGAUUCAUUCCAGGGAGGCCUUCGUGAAUGCACGCGUCAGCUUACAACACCUGGUAUCAAGAGAGACUUCGAUGUCGCGUCGUGAGAAGGAGCAGAGCAAAACACCUUGGUGA